CACCCCUCCCACCUCGCGGCCGGGGAUGAAGUCCUGCAAACCCUGCGGCCCGUCAGCGGGAGCACGCGCCGCGCCCCCGUGCGCGGGCGGUGCCGAGUGCGCGGGCACGURUGCCGGAGCCGGACGGCUGGAGAGCGCGGCGCGCAGGCGCCUGGCGGCCAACGCGCGCGAGCGCCGUCGCAUGCAGGGUCUCAACACAGCCUUCGACCGUCUGCGCAGGGUGGUGCCCCAGUGGGGCCAGGAUAAAAAACUGUCCAAGUACGAGACCCUACAGAUGGCGCUGAGCUACAUAAUGGCACUGACCCGCAUCCUGGCCGAGGCCGAGCGAUUGGGCUCGGAGCGGGACUGGGUCAAUCUCCACUGUGAGCACUUCAGCCACGAUCACUACCUGCCGUUCGCAGGCGCAAAGCUGCCGGGCGAGAGCGAGCCGUACGGCCCGAGGCUCUUCGGCUUCCAGCCGGAGCCCUUCCAGAUGGCCAGUUAG